ACAUGUGACGUUGUCCAUCCACGCACAGAUUUGAGGAAACCGGCUACUUUUGUCUGUCGCUCCAGGAAACGAUCACAUCUGUCAUCGAUCCGGACGAGUUUGAUCGAUCCUCAGCAAUGGAUAAAUUAAAAUCGGUUUUAAGUGGAGAAGAGGCGCGCAGAGAUGACCGGACCGUCUUAGAGACCGUGAACGAGGCCUCCACUUUGGGCUGGGGCACACGUUUGAAGGGAUUCGUCGCCUGUUUUGUGGUGGGGGCCGCCUGCACCAUUUUGGGAGUUUGUAUGCUCUUCAUCCCCAGGAUCGGACUCAUGCUCUUCAUCGUCUUUUACACUUUUGGAAACAUAUGUGCUCUGUGCAGCACCAUGUUUCUGAUGGGGCCACUGAAGCAGCUGAAGAGGAUGUGUGACAAAACAAGAGCCCUGGCCACCACUAUCAUGAUUACUUGCCUUGUGUUGACUCUCUGUGCAGCUUUCUGGUGGAAGAACUUUGGACUUGCUUUGUUAUUUUGCAUCUUGCAAGUCUUGUCAUUUUCCUGGUACAGCCUGUCGUACAUCCCGUGUGUCAGGGAGGCGAUACUGAAGAUGGUGGCGAUCUGCUUGAAAUGAGCCCCAUUUCUGUUCUAAAGGUUCAGGCUGGAUGAAGUGAAGGGGGCAGGUCUCUCACUGAAGUCACUGAAACAGCCUUGAUGAGUCCGGGACUCUUCUGUUUCUUUUUCUUUUAUGCUUCAUUAAUUGAGCCGAUUGAGUUUUGGAAGGUAUUGAUUACUCCAGUUUAUACCAUUUUUAAUGAGUGUGGGCUUAUUAUGUAACAUGCUGAAUGUAAAUAUUUGUAAUAAAUGAAC